UGGUCAAACCCAUGUGCCUCACCCCUUGUUUUUCUUUAUACUCCAAAUCCAAUAUACUAAAUAAACGUACUGGGAUAUAAAGGUACUACGUACGUACGUACCUCAUACAUUCAUCUUAACAAAAAGAGAAACACAAACCAAAUUAAAGAAGAAUUGAAGAAAAACACGCAAUUGUAUUGUAGUGAAAUGUGCCGUGGGUUUCAGCAAAAUGAGAGACACCGUCCUUUGAAAAUCAAAGCAUUUUAUAUCUUGAUAUCCAUUCAUUCCAAGACCAAAAAACAUGCCUUCUUGCCCGAUUCUCUUACACUACAUUAUCUUCCAAGGAUCAAUGGCAGCCCGUUAGAGAUAAACGGGUCGAUGAUCCGACCCGACUCACCAGCAUUCGUGACCCUUUACCGGGUUGUGUCUAAUAAUGAAGGACUACAUGGUGAAAUAAAGGCUGUUACGUAUGGAAGCAGGGAGAAAGUGAGAGUGAGCGAAGGUGUAAGGUUUGAAGUGUAUUUAAAAGAAGAAAAGGUAGUGAAAGGUGGAUAUAGGAAAGAUGAGGGGGGUGAAUGGAAAAUGGAAUGUAGGUGUGGUUUAGAAGGUGAUAAUGAUAAUUAUAUGGUGGAUUUUGUGAAGGAUCUGGAGGUUAGUGUGGCGGCGGAAGACGGUGGUGAAGUGGUGGUGAUGAGGCGGGAGAAAGUGGUCAUGAAAAGGAGGAAAAGAAGAAGGUGCUUUGAAGGGUUGUUGGAGGAAAUACCGGAGCAAAUAAGUGAAGGGGAGGAAGUGGAAGAAGAAGAAGAAGGGUGUUGUUGUUGUUGUGCCGGAGUAGAUGAUGACGGUUUGACGGCGGAGGAUGGUGGCGAUGUGGUGGAAUUGGAGGUGGAAGGGGUGAUGAGGUGGGCGGUGGAUGUUGGAAUAUGGGCAAUGUGUUUGGGUGUUGGUGUUGGAUAUUUGGUUUCUAAAGCUUCAUCAAAGAGUCUUAGAAGAAGAUUAAUAUUGUAGCCUAACUUUAAUUAAACUAGAAUCAUAAAGUUUUGUUACAUUAUUAUAAUAUCACUAAUUAAGUUUUGUGUAUAUUAUCGAUCUCUACCUAUAUAUAUAUAUAAUGUAAAGAAUUCAAAUAUACAAUUGGUUAUUAAUAGUAUAUAUGAUGAUCAUGGGAAGUUUUGAUUUGUUUAAA